AUGCCUUCCCAUAUCCGACGAAAGAAAGCUGACCUGUCCUACGUUAAUCCGGUUGAGUGGGAAGAAAAUGCCCGCGCACUUGAACAGCCAGCCACGCUGUCGUUCAGGACUUCCACUCCUUUACGCAAACUUCUUUUCGACUAUCUCCGCCAUGUCGAGCCAGUUCUUCACGACCCUAGCAUCAACGUUGAUUCUCCCGAAGUGGAGGACAAGCUCGCGGAUGCUUUGCGAUCCACAUUUGGUGGGAACUCUCUCGAUGUUCUUGGUCAAAUUGGUUUCGAUGCCACUGACGUCGCAAGCUGGUCCUGGAUAUUCUCUUCUCAGAGUGUUGAUCUGGCUGUCGCCCGGUACACGGCGUUGGCUGAAGAUCUCCGUCGAUCAAAAGCUGGCCGGAUUCCGAAAUUUGUUCCACUACAGCUCCUCCGUGCAGGAAAUCUCAGCGCUUUCGCCUUGAAAGAGCUGAUCAACAGCAUGUUGACCGACUUGCGAAUCUGUCAGGACACGAAGCGAUACUUUGGCUGGAGCUGGACAACACGAGUCUGCUUGGUCGUUCGACUUCUUCGACAUGCUCGCCGGGUUGAUCCGAAUUGCCUUGAUGAUAUCACCCGGAUUGUCAAACAUCUUUUCUCUGAUUACUACAUGGUCCAUCCUCGUUCGUUGGAGUCACCGGAAUUAAAGCGCUUGUCUCACAUUUUCAACCGAUUCUUGACCCUGAUUGCCUUAGCCCCCUUCACGACACCAUUCAAUGCCUAUCUUCUCCAACAAAAUGCGCAAUUAUCUCUUGUCCGCCUAAUGGUGGGCUUUCAACCCCAGCUUCCGCUCAAUCGCGAAGGCUACCGAGCUCUCAUUUCUGUUCAAUUGUUGCACCGCAAAAGUAGGCAUGAACGGACGUGGGCAGAGGCCAAAUCUCCUUCCUGGCCACCAUGGAGGCGGAUAAAAUCAGGGAUAGAACAAGACCUCCAAUACCCGGGCAAAGAGAGCCGUGCCAUGAGACUCCUGCGACGAAUGAAUGAGGCGGGGUAUACUCACGGUGUCUGGGAGAAGAGCGCUGCAGUUUUGGCCGGGUGGGAUACCGAUAAAAGCCCGACGAUACAGACUCGAGCGAUAUUAAUGCGCCAACGCCAACCCUGGCUCAAGCCACAACCGGGCCGUGACCUCCUCGACCGCCGUUCUGAUGACGAACCAGAAUUGUGGGCGGCACGCAUCCGAGCUACAAGGAGCAGAAGAGAGGCUUGGGCUGCUUUCUGUGCCUACGAGAAAUCUGCAACACACUCCAAGACACGAUAUUUACCGUACUUCGCCAUGUUGGACAAGUUGCUCGCUCAGACCGCCGACGCUUCGUCGCCCCUCGGAUCAGCACACGUCCCAGGUGACGUUAAAGAAGUGUUUGAGGACCCGACAAAUCCCAGGGAUCUUCUUUAUUUGGAAAAAGAAAUUCCUUCCGCCGAUGAAUUCUACGAGAACAUGUUACGCGAGGGCAUCAAACCGGCAGGCAGUAUCCUUAGUGGUCUGUUAAACCAUGCAUUGGACAUCGAGGCCGGUUUCUCCUACGUUCAGGACAGUCGAUGGGACGAAGUCACCAAAGAUGUUCUCUGCCACGCUGAAAAAUACCCUCCCGCAAUCAUCCGAGAUACUCUCAAUCGAAUCCCAGGCCAUUCAUUAGCCGCUUUCAUUUGGCUGUUGUGUAAGUACGGCUAUGACAGCCAGCCGCCCCUUUAUGAGCUAGGCGUGGAUGUUGCCAACGACCAGCUGUCGCGAGAGAGACAGGUCAUCGCUCCCCUGAGCUACGCCUGGCAACUACUGUAUGCCGGAGAUGCUCAUGACAUUCGCGCUUGGAAUGCAUUUCUGAGAGGAGCUUCCCGCUGUUUGAGCGACGCCAGGGUGAGAUGCAGAGAAGGAAAACUCGCUGCCGCUGAUUAUUUGGCCUUGAGCCUCGGAGUAUGGCGCCGUUUAUGGAGGACCUUUUCGGAAACUGCGACAGACCUCGACAUCCACCCGGACCUAAACAGUUUCCGAUACUUGGCAAGGACCCUGAUAGUACUAGUCAGGGAAGUGCGUCUUCAGGUAUCGACCGAGAGAUUUGGUUCAUUGGCCAAAUUUACGUUUCUCCGUGCGGUUUAUGGGCGAGCGACCAAAACUUUCCUCCCUUCGGCCAGCACGCCUUUUGUCGCUGUGCCUGAAGCUGCCGACUUGCGAUUGAUGGUCAGAAUCCUGGUGUCUGUUCACGAUGUUGACGGCUUAUUAGCUUUGUUGAGAUGGAUGAACGAACACGCUGGAGUAUUCGGGUCACUAAGUCAUCAUUCCGAACAUGAUGGCGAGGUCAGAGUCGAGAUUGAUUUAGCACAGGAUCAGGAUCGAACUCCCGCCGGGAUCCGCACUGUCUUGUGUGCUUUACGUCUCUUCCUCGAAGGAAACGUGGCAGACGAACCAAAUGACCAGGAAACUCUCUGGUUCGAGACGCCCUUAGCCGUGACGCCAAGAACGGUCGAAGAAGCAAGGGCCCUCUGUGAACCUCUUGGCUGGCCAUCGGAUGAGGAGACCAGGCUUUUUCUGUUGCAAGAGGCGGAUUGGAUGGCUCGAGUCGCUCGUGCUGCAGACGCCAUGGCUUUGAAGCAUUCUCAAGGGUAG